GUCGAAUUCAAAGAGACCAUCACCAAGGUGCAGGAAAAGGUGUCCGGCGCCGGUGAGAAGGUCGCCACCAUGCUCGACAAGGCUGAGGCCGGUGAUAUCCCCGGAACCAAGGGUCACCAUCCCGUCUCUGCCGUCAUUGGCACCGCUAUCACCGGUGGAAUGGAAAAUGCUGGCACCAAGGGCUACCUGGCCGCCUACAUCAAGGAGCUCGAGAACAACCCUCUGCGCACCAAGAUGCUGACUGCCGGUACCCUCGCCGGUACCCAGGAGCUCAUUGCCUCGUGGCUUUCCAAGGACCGCAACAAGCACGGCAACUACUUCACUGCCCGCGUCCCCAAGAUGGCCGCAUACGGUGCCCUGAUCAGCGCCCCCAUCGGUCACUUCCUUAUCUGGGCUCUCCAGAAGAUCUUCAAGGGCCGCACCAGCUUGAAGGCCAAGAUUCUGCAGAUUCUCGUCAGCAAUCUGAUUAUCGCCCCCAUCCAGAACAGCGUCUACCUCGUCGCCAUGGCCCUCAUUGCCGGUGCCCGCACCUACCACCAGGUCCGCGCCACCGUCAAGGUCGGCUUCUGGAAGGUCAUGAAGGUCUCUUGGGUCACCUCGCCCAUCUGCCUGGCUUUCGCCCAGAAGUUUCUCCCCGAUCAGCUCUGGGUUCCCUUCUUCAACAUUGUCGGCUUCAUUAUCGGCACCUAUAUCAACACCGUCACCAAGAAGAAGCGUCUUGCUGCUCUCCGCAAGAAGCACUUUGGCGACAGCCGU